UUAUUCAGUGUAGCAUAACAACAGCUUGAUUACACCCCACAAACCUUUACAUGUUAUAUCUGGUAGUGUGCGCUACAGAGGUUCAAAUUCCACACGCCUAGACUAUUCCUCCAACUACCUGAGGCAGGUAUCGGAGGCUUGGCAGGCCGGAACCUGCAGCUCCUCAGACCCACUGCUCCAAAUAGGGUGAUCCUGGUGGCCUUGCCAAGGUCGCUACACAGACAGGAACGUGUGUCCUGACGCACGCACCUUGGAGAACUCUCUACAGCGCGCCCUACAAGGCGACGUAGCCUUCCGAUGAAAACGAAUUGACAUCCGGUGUAUCAAAGCGCUCUGACGCUGGAGCCGGGAUCAAAGCGCCAGUGCGAUUUGUUGUGUGUUUACAGGAGGUUUUUUUCUCCUGUGUACAUAUUGGAUCUUUUAUUCACGAACAACAGAAAAAGGAUCUAUUGACCCUGUCAGCCAGCAGUGACGGCUGAGACAUUCAACACGGAGAUCACACCAAGCCUCAUCAUCAUCAUUAUCCUCCACAACACCUUUACAAUGGAAACACAAGGCUUGUCGUCGGAUCAUGUCUACGCUUACGCUCUCUCCAAAACCCUGAUAAAAGUCUCCUCUCCAGCCACAGUGGGACUCUACUCGUCAUGUCAGAACCGCAUCAACAUGGUCCUCAGCCUUAUAGAGGUCCAUAUGGACCUUGAGUCAGAGAGGAGGGAGAAGAGGGACCACAGCCGGUCAAAGCCUCGUCCGUCCAAAACCUCCCUCACUGGUCUCAUAGCUUUGAUCUGGAGGCUGCUGUUCUACCGACCCAUCUGGACACAGGAGAACCAGCAGCGGCAGAACAUCCGAUUCAUCUACGUGCGGUUCUCUGCAUGGCACUUCACGGGGAGCGAUCUUCUCUGGGCAGGGCUGGUGAUGAGACUCUGCCUGGCCCUGCAGGAGAGCUUUGGGAAACUUCAACUGGGUCUGUUCCGUGUGGCACAGCACCUCGAUCAGGAGAAGGUCAAAAAGAAAGAGAUUCAACGUACGUGUUCUGAGUGGAGGUCAAAGAAACUUUGCUGUUUCCCUCAGUGGUCCCUGGUCUUUGCCCUCCUGCUCAUUGUUAUUAUUGCCCUGGUCUUCCUGGUAAAGUUUGGGUUCUCAGAGGUUCAAGGAGUGGCAGCGGCGAACGCCUCUGGAAAUGGAACAACAGAGGGAGGAGGAGAGAAUGUGGUCCUGGGAGGUUCUGGGGUGUUGGAGGGGCUGGCCAUCAGUGUCAUUGGGGUACCUGCGGCUGGAGCUUUACGGUUCAUCUUCCAGAUGGGCAAGAACCUGGUCUUUAACCAGGACCUGAACAUCCGAACGAGGCUAGACAACCAAAGGAUCAGCGAACAGUUGGGUUUCAUGAACGAGGUGAGGAAGGAGAUGUGUCUCCUGUCCAGGUUCAUCCAGUUCAUGGAGGUGUUUGAGCGGAGGAAGAUUCGCGUGGUUCUGGAGAUCACCAACCUGGACCGCUGCGCCCCAAGGAAGAUAGUCGGAGUCCUGGAUGCCAUCAGCAUACUAUUGUCAGAUGAGGAGUCGCCCUUCAUCUCCCUGCUUGCAGUCAACCCUGAAGUUUUAGUUCAACAGGUGGACAGCGCGGAUGGCUGCUUCAGUAAGAAUGACCGAGCCUAUAGUUUUCUGAACCGGAUCGUGACCCUGGCUUUCACCAUACCGCCACUCUCCCCAGCCUCCAAACGCCAGGUGUUCGAAAGCAUCCUCCAAACCCAGUCCGGGAGCGCCGAAGGUGUCCGGGAGCGUUUCCGUAUCCAGGGGCGUGUCCAGGGCCGCCGGACAACGUCCCUCUCCGACAUUGAGUGCAGAAUCCCACUGGUAGACAAGAAUCGCAUCAAGGAGGCGCACAACGACCUCGCGGGGACGGAGGAGGAGGUGGAGAAGGAGGUGGAGAGAACAUUGGAGAGCAUCGCAGGGAAUCUCCGUCACUACAUAUCUGACGACACCAUGUCCAUGAGACGGGUUGUCAACGCCAUCCGGGUCACUGUGGUGCUCAUGAAGGCUCAUGGGGAAAAGCUCAGCGAGCCAGAGAACUGCGCUGCCUGGGUAGUUCUGGCCAAUCACUGGCCCUGUCGGCUCAGCUGGAUCCUUCAGUGUCUGGAGGACGAGCAGCAGAGAGCAGACAUCAGCGGAGGCUCGGCAAUGGAGCCCAAAACGCUGUGGAUGGUCUGUGAAACGGCGUACAUUAUCAAAGUGUUCAACAGCUUCAAGCUGGAGCUUUACACAAUGCGGGAGGAGAUUGAGGACCUGCUGGAGCAAGACGAUGAUCCAGAAAAGUUUGAGAUGUUCCUCAAGGUGGAUUUCAAGUUCACGGUGUGUGAUUCUGAGCUGUAUAAGCUGUCCACCGUUAAUCUGGAUCACUCUAUCAGGAAGGAGCUGUCCCGGAUAAGGGGGACAGCUAGCCUGAGGGACUUGGAGUGGAUGGGGACACCGGCCCCUCUCCCCUUUAGGACAGUCAUCAGCAUGACAACAGAGGACAUCUGUAAAGAGCUGAAAAACAUAAGCCUCCCUCAGAAGUAUGCAGACAUUGUCCGUAGCAACAACCUUACCGGCGAAGCUCUCAUCUUCGGUGACCUCAACGACCUCAAACAGCUGCUACAGAUGACCUUCGGGGAUUGGACAAAGUUCAGACUUCACUUCUGGGGUAUUGGUGGAAGGUUCCGUGCCCAAGCUAGAGCCACACCCAUAAACGUUUACCCCAAACUACUGGCCAAUCAGCUGUCCAGAUGCCAGACAGGGACACAUUAAAAUGGAUACAGAGACAGAUUGAAGGACAGGCGAUUUGUGAAAUUUCUUUCUAUUCCUUGACAUGUACCUAGGAGAUUAACUGGAUUCCACUGACACCUUCUGUUGGAAUUUGUAGAGGACAGAUCUUUGUACCCAGGUGUUCUUUUCUUUUAAUUUUUUUAUCUUCAUUAUGAUUUGUGUAUUAAUUUUAAUAUGGCCAUUAAUGAUCUUUCAUGUAAAUUGUAUUCUGCUUAUUGAUUUAAAAGCUUCUGAACUGCUACAAUCCAUUGUAAAAAAUGCACUGUUUUAGACUAGGCCCGAAAUUGCUUUGGACUGUCCAUGAAUGCCAAGGAUAGGAGAAGAUCUUGGUCAGCAAGCCCUGUCCCUAGAUGAGAUUGUGGCCAAACUGAAGGCAUCAGGCUUCAAACUACAUGACCAAAAGUUUGCAGACACCCCUAUCGAUUAUUGAGUUCAGGCGUCUCGUACACACCCAUUGCUCACAGGUGCAUAAAAUCUAGCACAUAGCCAUGAAAUCUCCACAGACAAACACUGGCAGUACAAUGAGUCGUGAUGAAGAGCUCAUUGACUUUAAAUGUGGCACUGUCGUAGGAUGCCACCUUUGUCACAAGUCAGUUUGUGAAACUCCAGGCCUACUAGAUUUGCCCCGGUCAAAUGUAAGUUCUAUAAUUGUGAAGUGGAAGCAUCUAGGAGCAACAUCAUCUGUUGCAUCACUCACCACAGAGUUCCAAACUGCUUCUGGAGGCAACUUCAGCACAAGAACUGUGUGUCAGGAGCUUCACGAGAAGGGUUUCCAUGGCUGACGAGCUGUAUGCAAGUCUCACAUCAAUGGUCAAUGGAGUGCCAAUGGUCAGCUGGAGUGGUGUAAAGCACGCCGCCACUGGACUCUAGUGUGAUGAAUCACACUUCACUAUCUGGCUGUCUGAUGGACAAAUCUGGGUGUGGCAGAUGCCAGGAGAACACUACCUACGGAAUGCAUAGUGCCUACUGUAAAGUUUGGUGGAGGAGGGAUAAUGGUCUGGGGCUGUGUUUCAGGGUUUGGGCUAGGCACUUCAGUUACAGUGAAAGGUCACCUUAAUCAUAGAGGUUACAGUUUGGGGAAGGCCCUUUCUUGUUCGAGCAUGACUGUGCCCCUGUGCACAAAGCGGGGUCCAUAAAGACAUGGUUCACAAGGUUGGUGUGGAGGAACUUGAGUGGCCUGCACAGAGCCCAGAGCUCAAUCCCAACGAACACCUCUGGGAUGAAUUGGAACAGCGGUUGUAAGCCAGGCUUUCUUGUCCAACAUGACUUCAGAAGCACAUUGCCUUUUGCCUUAUUCUCCAUGCGUUGAAUAAAACAAAUAAACCAACAGAUAUCC